CCUGUGAUUGGUCGGUCUACUUCCUGUUUCCCGUCGUUCAUACAUACUACGAUACAUGCACGUGAAGGUCAGCAAUAGAGCUUUACGGGACUCAUUUUUAGAACAUAUAGCAUAUAACAACACUUUUUAGAUGACAAUGAAUGGUCAGGGAGCGACAGCCGACCCUCAGCUUCAGCAGUUCAUCGAAGUCGAGUCUCAGAAACAGAGAUUCCAGCAGCUCGUGCACCAGAUGACUGAGGUUUGCUGGGAGAAAUGCAUGGAUAAACCUGGCCCAAAGAUGGACUCAAGGACAGAAAUGUGCUUUGUUAACUGCGUGGAGAGGUUCAUUGACUCAAGCCAAUUCAUCCUAAACAGACUGGAACAGACUCAGAGGGGCAAGGGCUCUUUCUCUGAAUCCAUGUCAGACUAAGUAUUGUCUCAGAAAAGACUGUCAAUACGCAGAGCACACAGCACCGGCUCUGGAUGGAUGCUUUUUGGUUCUGACGCAGCGGACAGUAUGUCACUGGACUGUCCCUUCAACUGGAAAAAAAGGAACAUCAUGAAGUGUUGCUUUUGAUACAAGUGCCUGAGAUAAACAUCAUGUAGAGUAAAGAAAAGGUCUGUUUGUCCUCCAUGUAGCAGGAUAUCAGUGUUAAAAUGCUUUUAGUGUAGUCUUCUGUUGUGUUUUGUCAUUGAGACAUGGAAAUCAAAUCUGCUGAGGUCACACCUGAAGCUUGAAACAUCAACUGCUUUGACUUAAGGGUCAAGUGUGGCAGACUACAGAAAGAUGGAUGCACCAUGGACAUUCAGCUGACCAUCAGUUUCUGACAACCACAAAGACUUCACCAUCUCCUCUGCCAUAACUUCAGUGAGCAAAUGGUCAUGUCGCAACAGAGGAGGUGUAAGAUUAAGGACUGUAUAUAUGCAAUAAACAAAAUGCCAAAUAA